AUGGUGCUGCAGAGGUGGGUGAAGUUGCACCCGCUGACAUGCUCUGCCAUUGCCCCCUUUCCUCUCUGCAUCUUUUCCCGGCACAUGAACCUUGUCCCUGUAUCAGCUAGUGGGAUGUGUCUGGCAGUGUGGCUCUGUCAGAAUUCAACUUCCUCCACCGUCCAAAAGGUGGAGCUCUCUCCCCCCCCCCCAUAUUCUCCGUCUUCUCCCCAGCUGGGUUCAUUGAUUCCUGCUGCCUUUAAUUGCCAGCUGAGGUCUGGCUUGUACCCAACCCCCUUUUGGAAUGGAUGGCAGCAGAUGAGAGCGGGGCCAUGCUUUUCCUGCUCAUCCAGCAAUCCAGGGCCUUUAUCCAUAAACUGGAGCCUCUUCCCACAAAACUACACCCCCCCCCCCAAAUCCCAUUCUCCCAGCCACACAAAUGCCAGAGGGGCACUCAUGAGCGGAGCGGGUGGAACAAACCAUGGGCCCAUUACUCAGAUUGGUCUGGGCCAGCCUUGGAGCAGCGUUUGUGAAGGAAAGCUAGAUUCUUCCAACCCGGCUCUUUUCUGUGGGGUGUUCCAAGCUCAGAUGGUGGCUGGGGAGGGGAAGUAG